AUGUUGCAAUUGUCACCCGUUUUCCUGUUGGCGCUCACUGCGGCCUGGGGGUCUGUUUCCGCCCACCCCCAGGCAGCUUCGACAAGGCCAAAUGCCGACAAGGGGGUUGUCAACGUUGAGCUGGUCUCACUUGGCAACACUACCGUGAUGGCUAAGGUUACCAACACGGCGAACCAGGACUUGAAGAUUGUCAAACCUGGUAGCAUCUUGGAUAGUCGACCUACUCGCAAAGUCAAGGUCUACCGCGGAGGUACUGCGAUGAACUUCAUUGGCGUUGAUGUAUCUUAUGUGACCUCCCAUUUAACCCCUAUUAGUUUUCUUCCACUGUUCGCCGAUGAAACCAUUAAGACGGUGUUUGACGUUGCCGAUCUGUACGACCUUUCAUCUGGCGGCCAGUUUACCGUGGUAGCAGACAGUGCGCUGGAAUAUACCGUGUCAAACACAAGCAAGGCCUAUUCCUGGGCCUCGUUCAAGUCCAACGUCCUCGACAUCAACAUUCCCAAGUCCUUGACAAAGUCUCUCAAGAAGCGCGCCAAGUUAGAACAGUGUCAAGGCGACCAGACUGAGACCAUGAAAGCCGCCAUGGCCCGCGCCGCCAAAAUUGCACGUGCAGGUGCUGACAGUGCGAAGAAGCCUUCGGAACUCUUCAAAACUUUUUUCAUGACAGACGAUAAAGCUGCGCUGGACAAGGUGUCAAGCCGCUUGGAGGCCAUUGCGAAGGAAGCCGAAGCGGGAGACUCGGGCACAUUUACUCAGUAUUGCACAGAAGCACCAUCUGAUGGUAGCAAUUUGGACUGCUCUGGUGGAUUAUCUGCCGUAACCACAUAUUCGUUUGCGGAUAGCAAUGAAACCCCGACCAAUGUUCAAGUCUACAGCUGUAGUGGUUAUUGGAAUACUCCAAAGGUUUCUACCACAUGCUGGAACCUUGAUCAAGCCGGCAUCACCGUACAUGAAUAUGCACAUGGAAUGGGGGCCAAUCCUGAUCGGCAAGCCGGUGAAACGGAGACGUACGGGUAUGAUGCAAUGACGAAGCUGAGUACAGACCAAGCAUUGCGAAAUGCAGAUUCCUAUGCAUACUUCGCUCAAGGUGCAUUCUUGAAAUGCGACACCAACGGUAAGUCGAACAACCCGGACGCCGGCAAAGAGGAGGGUCCGUCGGGAGGAGAUGGACCUUCAGGCGGAUCUUCCUCCCCGUCUGGUUCAUCUGGCCAGUCCGGAGGAGAUGGGCCUUCAGAUGGAUCUUCUUCGCCGUCUGGUUCAUCUGGCCCGUUCAAUGGGGAUGGACCUUCAGGUGGAUCUUCCUCUCCGUCUGGUUCAUCUGGCCCGUUUAAUGGAGAUGGACCUUCAGGUGGAUUUUCCACUCCGUCUGGUCCAUCUGGCCAAACUGGCCAGUUCAAUGGCGGCAGUCAUUUCAGUGGAUCUUCCUCUCCAUUUGGUUCAUCUGGCCAAAACGACUAUCCAACUAGCCAGUUCGGAGGCAGUCCUUCGGGUGGAGACAUGGGCUCCGGUCAAACUUCUAGCCCUCAAAACAUGGCUCCAUUCGCUGGAAACAGCCAGACUGAUACAGGCAACGGCGCCGGUGACGGCUCCGAAAAGGGGACAUCUUGGUCCUCCGGCCCAGACAAUUCUUACGGCGGAAACAAUUUUGGGUAUCCAGCAGGUGGUUCCACGGAUGGUCCAUCUACCUACGGUCCCGAUGGCAUGAAUAUGGGCGACCAGUCUCAAGGUGGGCCUCAGAGUGGGCAUCAAGGCAAUGGUGAUUCACACAUGGGAGGUUCAUAUUCCCCAGUUGAAGUCUACUCAGCAAGUGCUCCUAGCUCAGGCAACACCCUUGUCUAA